AUGAGUGUUGUAUUUUCUUCUGAAGAAGAAAUCAGUAAAAUGUCUAAAGAAGAUCGAAGAUGCAAAAAUAGAAUUAUAAGAUAUUUAGCACGAAACAGACCUUUAUUAGAUAAAAAAUUAUCUAUUAACGAUAAAUAUCUGUAUAGAAAUUUUCUUGAAGUUAUCAGAAAAAUAAUAUUACAAAUAGAAAGAUCUCAUAAGGAUGAAGGUUAUGAUUAUUUUUAUUCAAGAAAAGAUAAAUUGUAUCUGAUGUAUAAGAUGUUUAAAAAAGAAAUCCUUAAAGAUAAAAAUAAAAAAGUGAUAGAACUUUGCUUAAAAUAUGGGAAAUAUAAUUUUAAACCUUUCUUGUAUCAAGAAAAAAGAAGAUUAUUAUUUCUACUAUAUCAACUUCAACUAUAUUUUCAAAAUAUUUAUAAACAAUUAAACAAAGAAGAACCAAAAAAACCAGAAAAAUUAAUAUUAGAUAAAACUUUGAAUGAAGAUAUAAGUAAAAAAAAAUUGUCUAAAUAUACUAAAAAAAAUUAUACAAAAACUUUAGAAAAAAUCAGAAUAUCAUUCAUUCCAUUAUGGUAUACGAGUAGAGUUAUGAUUAAAGAUC